AAGAACCAACUACAGCAGGCACCGUACCAUUACUUUUUCCUGCAAACUGGACAUUAGUCGAAGCACUCCACACGCACUAUAUAAAAGUCUAAAACCCUCCCUCUAAAAAGAUUCAGCGUUUUGUUCUUUGCUUGCAGCGUUGAAAAGAUUGAAAAUGGCUGCUACCUUCUUUAGGAGACUCUCCAAAGCCACCCCAGCUACCUUCAACAAUGCAUUUCGAGGUCAACCCAAGUCCGGUUUUGCUGGAUUUCGCUUCUGUACCAUCGCCGCCGUUGCCGGUGGAAUCUCUACUUACUACUGCUUCUCCGACUCAAAUUUGGUUCAUCUAGAUCAAGUCAAUGAAGAGACUGGUCCAAAAGUUGCUCUGAAAUCUGAUAAGUGGCUUGAAUUUAAGUUGCAAGAUACUGCAAGAGUUAGUCACAACACUCACUUGUUCAGGUUUUCAUUUGAUCCCUCUGCUAAGUUGGGAUUGGAUGUCGCUUCAUGCAUCCUUACUAGGGCUCCAUUAGGACAAGAUGCUGAAGGAAAAACCAAAUAUGUCAUACGACCGUAUACUCCUAUAUCAGAUCCAGAUGCUAAGGGAUACUUUGACUUAUUAAUCAAGGUGUAUCCAGAAGGAAAAAUGAGCCAGCAUUUUGCUAGCUUGAAACCAGGCGAUGUAGUUGAGGUGAAAGGGCCCAUUGAAAAGCUCAGAUACUCACCCAAUAUGAAGAAACACAUUGGCAUGAUUGCAGGUGGGACAGGCAUAACUCCAAUGCUUCAGGUUAUUGAGGCUAUACUGAAGAACCCUGAUGACAAGACUCAGGUGUCACUGCUUUAUGCCAAUGUCUCCCCUGAUGAUAUACUGCUCAAGCAGAAGCUUGAUAUACUUGCUGCUAGUCAUCCGAAUCUUAAGGUAUUCUACACUGUAGACAAUCCAACUAAAACUUGGAAAGGAGGUGCUGGAUUCAUUUCAAAGGAUAUGGUCACAAAAGGCUUACCUGGUCCUGCUGCAGAUACUCUUAUCCUUGUAUGCGGUCCACCUGGGAUGAUGGAACACAUAUCUGGUGAUAAGGCUAAAGACUAUUCACAAGGAGAGCUAACCGGCAUACUCAAAGAACUCGGAUACACUGAGCAAAUGGUUUACAAAUUUUGAGUAUAGAGGAAUUCAAGGAUUUGAAGAGACGACACUCUCAUAGGGUUUCAACAUAAAUUUUGUGUAAUAAUGUUUCCUGAAAGAACAAUGAAUUGGGCAGAAUUUAAAGCCCAGGGUAUCGAAUAAUAUUUGUAGUGAAACAAACAAUGUAAAUUAGUACAUUUUCACAGGCUUGUACUAGUGAAAUCGUGACACAGAGCUUUUAAUGAAACCCUGCAAUCAGUUGUUGGGUGGGUAUAA